ACCCCUUUGACCUCGUCAUUUAGUUUGCCAUGCUACCGUUCUUCCAUCAAUAUCGUGAAGGUGAUUGAUGACGAUGGUGAAAGCUGGGAAUGUGGUACAGAUGCCUUCAGCAAAUACAUCAGCGAGAACCAAAUCGAACUUGAUUGUCCUCAUUUGAAAAAGAGCGUGAACGGGUGUUGCAUAAAGCACGACAAAUGCUAUGAUGAUCAAAUGGGACGGAAGUUCUGUGAUGAUACGUUCUGCAGCUGCCUAGAUGUGAGGUCGGAUGUAUGUAAUAAUGAAAAUGGCCCGUUAUUCUGUGGUAUGGUCCGACAAUUUGGUCUAGAAGCGUAUUUGAGAUCGGGAAAUAACACUUCUUCUAAUAUAACACUUAUCAUUGAAGAACAGCAACAGGUACGUUCGAGAGCACAUGUGCUCAAAGGUAGUUUCCAGAGACUUAUAUCGAAAAUGUACGCGAUGAAUAACAAGAGAUGCAGUAUCAUUUACUCAAUAUCACCACCCAGUAAUUGCUAA